AGCAUUUCUAAACUACCUGCCUAUACAAUAUGCACUCAAGUAAAGUGAAGUAAUAUUUUGUAUUUAAUUUUUUUCUUCCAACAUAAGUGGAAAAGCCCAGAAAGUCAACAGAAAAUGAAAACUUCAAAAGUUUUGAAAAGAACAAAAAGAUGACAAAUAACAGAAGUACUUCUGUCCUUGAUUAUACAUAUAUUCCCGAGGAUUAUAUUCUGUGGAUUGCGAAUGAACGCUUGUACGAUAUUAACAAGCCCACUGUGGUUAUCUUUAUACUGUUGAUAAUUUUUGGAUUAUUUGGGAAUCUUCUCGUUAUUUACGUUUUUGGAUUCCGUUUAAAGAAGUCGACUGUGCAUGCCUACAUUGUGAGUUUGUCUGUGUUUGAUACUCUAACCUGUCUAUUGUUAAUUUUCGAGGUUUUUGAUAAACGUUUUCCCAUGUAUAGUGGGAACUUCCCUGAAAUUUGCAAACUAGUCCGAUGCUUAGAAGUGUUUGCCAAUGGCUGCGCCAGUCUUACUAUGGCAGGCAUUGCUUUCGAUCGCUUCUACAAAGUUUGGAAGCCUCUGCGGAGAUUGUCCUUAAGAACAGUUAAAAAGAGCAUGCUGGGAAUAGUAAUAACAAUGAUUGUCCUCAGUUGGCCCAUGGCAGUUUUUCACGGCCCAGAAACAGUUACAACUAUUUAUCCUACCAUAACAGGAACAGACUGUGCUGAUGACGAUCGCUUUAAAGGAUCUGUGUACACCGGGAUCUAUUUCCUCGCUUUAUUCGUCAUUAUUCUCUCUUGUAUGGCAGAAAUCGUCAUCAUGUAUCUUUUAGUGUUUAUCAAUAUCUUGAAAUGGAAACGUAAUUUAACUGGAGAAAAUAUUCCAUCAACCUCAAACAAUUCUAGACCAUCUUCUCAUUCUUCAAAACAUAUAAACAAGUGUGUAAAGAAAAACAAUAGAAAAGGGCAAUCGACUAAAAAGAAUUCUGUUUUUGAUGAAGACGAUGUGGCCAAAAGACAUGAUUCCGUAAAGAAAUCUGAUCAUAAGAAAAAAAGAUAUUUCUUCACGUUAAAGAAGGAAAAUGAGGUGUUUUCUGAUCUCACAAAAAGCAUAUCUGCCUUCACAUUAUGUUCUAGUAAUAGAGACAAAUCUAACUUCAGCCUCUCAAACGAACACAAAGCAGAGAGGGAAUCUAGGGGAAAAACGGAAAACAUGGAAACUCCUAUACACACUCUAGCUAACCCGCAAAACUCAAACCAUAUAAAAAAUAAAGAAGAAAACAAGGAGAGUUUCUCUAAACCAAGAUACAUGAUUCGUCGAGAGAGUGGAAAGGUCAAGGUUAAACUCGGUUCCACAACGGUCAUGUUUAGUUUGAUAGCAUUGGUGUAUAUACUUAGCUAUAUUCCAACAAUAGUUGUAGAAAGCAUAAACGCCUUAAGUCCUAUCAAUGAAGAACAACUCUCAAUGUCGGUAAGAAAAAUUAUCGUGUUCUGUAACUCGGCCUAUUUCAUAAAUAUUGCCAUCAAUCCUAUUAUAUAUGGCCUCUUUAACAAGUUCUUUCGAAGUGAAGUGAUACAUAUUGUAAGAAAGAAAGCAAAGUAAAUUGUAUUUUCUGUUCGCAAUAGA